AGCAGAAGUCGAUCACCUAAAGCCUCACUUAUUGAUGGAGACAGAUGUGGCAACGAAAGAACCGAACUUGCGGUAAAACCGUCAUUGGACGAACGUCUGGAAAGUGAAAUGAAAGCUGGAAGAAUUGGUAUGAAAAUGCAGCACGUGGAAUCUCGUCCACGUGAUCCGAAGGAAGAUAUGCGAAAAUUAUUGGGUGUUCUUGUUGCGAUGCAGGAAGAAAUUCAGCGUAGCGGACGUGUGGAUAAUUCGACAGUCAAUCGUUUAUACACCGAAAUGGGCGUUUCGGGUGGAAUUGCUGAAGCAGAUAACCUGGUUACACAACUCUGUCGUAUGUUGGCCAACGAAAGCAGCAGCAGCAGCAGCAGCGGCAUUAGAGGAGGAGGAGGAGGAGGAGAACUGUCAUCUGCCAAUGCGUCUUUCAAUCCAACACCUAAUUUAAAUCAGUUCGGUAUGUUCAACAUUUUUUUUUUUUGUUAA